AUGUUGGCCGAAAUGGUUCGACUCUCUUACCAGCAUCGAGCGUUUUACUGCUACGUGAUCCUCAGCGUCUGGAUCUUCCUUCUUGUCGCCGGUAUGUACAAAUAUAUUGGUAUAGAUGAGAAGAGUUCACUGCAGGCGAAGGUACUGGGGAAUGAUAUUUCUGUAAGAGAAUUUCCUAGAAAUUUCAAAGCAGACGUGAAGACUAAAAAGAUAUUUCGAUUUUGUAAUCCUCCUAAUGAAAUUGUUGCAGACACAGAAGGAAAAUUAGAUGGAAAUCUGACACUGGGCGGUGUUUUAGUAUUUGUACGACACGGAGACAGAGGGCCAUUGGCUCACAUUCGAAAUAUAAGCAUAGUAAACUGCGGAGGAGACUUUGGGUCCAUGCCUGAGCUAGAAAAUAUUUAUCAGAACUAUGUAAACUUCCUGCAGAACGUCUCCAGCUACUCCAGAACAGCAUGGGCACAAUUCUUGGGGCCCUUCCAUGGUUUUCCUAUGCUGCCCACCAAUUCCAAAGACUGUAGAAUCGGCCAGUUGACAACCUUAGGUGUAGCACAACUCUUGAAAACUGGCACCAUACUUAGAAAUGCAUAUUACCAUAAACUGAAUCUGGGAAACGGUACUAUGACCAGCAAAGAUGUUGUUGUAUACAGCACCAGGUACCGAAGAACAGUUCAAAGUGCAGUAGCUUUGUUAUACGCACUUUUGGAGACAGACGGUUUCCAGAACCUUGCCAAAAUCAACAUGCAAGAAAGCCAAAGCUAUGCCUUUUGCAGCGCAGACUGUGCAUGCCCUGCUGCAGAGAAAUUCUUCAAACAACACAUAAAGGAAAUGUCUGAUCAUCUGAAGUCCCAUCCAGCAGUGGCAGAACUGAUAAAACAAGCAUCCAGUGCGGUCUUUGAGAUCCCAGAUCAGGCCCAAACAACGGAUCCAAAUACUCUGAAAGACGCAUUGCUAACAUACGUUUGCCAUGGAGCCUCUCUACCAUGUGUAGAUCUCGAAACGCAACGUGUCUGCGUUAAAACUGAACACGUGACAGGCCUGUUCGCGUACACAGAAUGGGAAUCGAAACAGGCGGCGAAAAGUAACAAUCGUCGAAAAUACGGCUUAUUAAGGGCGUACGGACUUCUUCGAAACAUAGUUACUUACAUGUUGCACAUCAUAUCGGAAGGAAGACCCAAGAUCGUUCUCUAUUCAGGGCACGACAAGACGCUGGAAUACCUUGCAACUGCUCUGGGCAUCUUCUCCGACAAGCUGACCAUGCCACAUUACGCCUCACGUUUUGUUAUCGAGGUAUACCGGAUAAAUCCGAGGAACGAGAAUCACGUGGCCAGUGACUUCUACUUCCGUGUGAUCGUUAACGGGAAAGAUGUCACGCAAAAAAUACCAUUCUGUAGAAACGCGAAUUUCUACAGUGCAAGCUACGUCGAACGAUCCGAAACCGAGAGGACACGCAGAGAUUCGAAAUUGUGCCCGAUCGAGACGAUCAUUCGACAACUUCACGACGAUUACUUCGGCCCGUUUAACGCAACCAACUUCAAGGACGCGUGCACCAAUCACAAACGCGGAUAGUGGUUUGAGCGGGAAGAAAUUACGUGAAUUCGAUUUUUCC